UGGAUCAAGCUCCUCCAUUUUUAAGAGUCUCUUUCAUUUGCUCUCAAAGCUGGAACAAGCUUUUUCAAAGAAAGGUAUUAGACAAGGGGAGCUCCCUCUUCCCCUUGUACUUGCAAAUUAGGUUUGAAUAUAUUCGAGAGAGGCUCUCUCCCCCAAUCUGCGGUUCCAGAGGAUCGUAGUCUAAAUUCAUAUGGGGAGCGGGGGAGGGAACUUCCGCCGGUGCUGGCGCCUGCGGCAGCGCCUCUGGAGCCGCCCCCGGUUGUUGAUCUGGCGCCUGCGGCAGCGCAUCGAGAGCCGUGCUGAGAGGAGUGCCUGCUCCCUUGUGUUUGAGGGAGUUGGUGCGGCAUUCGAAGUGGGUGCGGGUGAUAUUAUUGGCUCUGUCUUCUUUUCGUUCCUACUUACGGCUUUAGCUUAA